AACAAAACAAAACAAAAAAACGUUUAAAUCUUAAAAACAAGUACAACGUUUGCUCGUUGUUGACUGUUGUGUUUCUCGCGUUGACAAACUGAAGUUUGACCAUUUUAUCCCGCCGUGAAGCACCGAGGGGUUUUUACAGAGAUGCUCAGCGGGCUGCAGACGCUGUGAUUGGUCAGACGCCCCGCGUUACACGAACCCAAACAGCAGCGGAGGAUGAAGCAGUCGGAGCUCCUCAUCAUCCCAGGCAUCACACGUACCGCACGUAGCCGAGCGAGCAGCCCUGGGCCGGACGCGUAAAACGCCGCUCUGUAUUUAUUUUGUUGUGUCGAAGCUCAGCCCCGGACAAGCAGCAGCAGCAGCAGCAGCAGCUCCAGACGAACCCGGCGCUGUUUAUCGGAACCCAACGAGGAGCGUCGGAACCGGGGCCGUGUCAUGCGUUUGUCCUUCUGGUAACACUGUCGCAGCUGCAUCCCUGCCUCGAUCAAAGAAAGACGCCGUCUGCGCGCGCACAACCACCUCGCGCGGCUCGCCAUGGGCUCCAGACUGAGCAGGCAGAGCAGCCUGGACGACGAGAAUUUCUCCAAAAAGCGGCGCAGGCUGCAGGACGGCGCCGGGGAGGGCGGCCGGGGCGGCGGGGACUUUCUGUUUGCGCUGAUGCUGAAGUCGGACAAGCUGCCCGGGAUGCUGCGCAGGGCCAACCACAGCCCCUACAUGAGGAGGGUGGCGUGGAUCAAGGAGAUCCAGAAGCUGCUGCGCGAGCGCAGGAUCGAGCAGGCGACCGACGUGCUCAAGCUGCUGAGGAAGGACCUGGGUUUGGAGGGCGCCUCGCUGAACGACAUCUUGUACAAAAACGCCGCCUUCCUCAAUCUGGUGGACCCCAUCUCACACGAACUGCUGCUCAGCUUGGCUCGGGAGAUGCAGUGUCCCAAGAAGGAUGCGGACACCAUAAAGUCUUCUGAUAAGAUUUGCAGGCAGCUGAUCUACCACCUGACCCCGCACUCAAAGUGGCUGAGGAAGAGCAUGUCCAGGCGGAAAUCCCAGGCCUGUCUCAAGACGACUCUACAGAAGAAGCUGUCCAGCGACAGCGUGGACCUGUCUGGAAUCCCCCUGUCCACCCGCGACGUCCGACAAGUGGCUUUCUACCUCCAGAGCAACAGGGACAGCGUGGUGGCCGUGGACAUCAGCUUCACCGAGCUCACGGACGACAACCUGAGGCUGCUGCUGCCUCCCCUCGCCCUGCUGCCCAAACUCAGCACCCUGGCUCUCAACGGCAACCGCCUGACGCUGGCCAUCAUCAAAGACCUCACCGAACUGCUCAAGGACCCCAAGAUGUUCUCCAGCCUGGCCUGGAUCGACCUGGGCAACAACGUGGACAUUUUCACCAUGCCCCAGCCGCUGCUGGUGGCGCUGCGCCGCCGCUGCAGCCUGAAGAGCAGCCUGCCCACCAUCUACGAGUACACGGAGGGCCAGCCGUACUCCUACCACCUGGAGACCUCCAUCGAGGAGCCCAGCCACUACGAGGAGGAGGAGGAAGUCGAAGAGGAGGAGGAAGACAUGGGGGAUAGGUUUGAGCUGGAGUCGUGGGGCUUGGGGGAGAAACAGCUCUCUAAACAUUUUACCCUACACUACUGUGAGAGGUGAUGGGCUGCUUCCCGUCCGGAGAGCUUUCGGCUGCGGUUGAGAUGACGCCCCGCAGCACUCUGUUACUUCUUUCACCCUCUUGCCCUCACACCACGAGACAAAGUCACCCUUUACAGGCGAUCAGGGAGCCCGGUGCCCACAUUGCGGACCAAUUGUCCCGACACAGCUACUAAAGCUAAUCUUUACCAUCUCUGAGUUAACCCCCGUAAGACAGCGAGGAAGAAACCGACGGCCUGGACGGCAGACUUACUGUGUUGGUGGAUGGCGCUCUUGGGAAAAAGGUGCGGUUUCAUUGGAGGGUGGCUGGAGGAGUCAAGGUGCCAGUUCUCUCUCUCUCUCUCUCUCUCUCUAUCCUUUUAUCCACGUCUAUCGCUCCAUCUCGGUCUCUGUCGAGAGCCAAUCCCCAGGAGACUUGAAUCAGUUGGUCGGACGAAGGGGCCGCAUCCCGAAGGAGAGAGGGGGGACACCUGGAGUGAGGUUUGGAAACCGUCGGCCCACCGUGGGUUCUCUGCCAGGACUGAGACUCUCUCUGUCCGACAGGGCCUAGGCUCCACAUUCUGUGUUCUCUGUUAAUCUCUCAACAAAAGCUAUGACACAAGUUCAACAGACUAUACAGCCAGCGACCCGUCACGUGGCGCUGGCAAAACUGCUUGGUCGACUUUUUACGUUCUUUCCCAGUGUCUACCCGUGAAAGCCCAUGUGCAGAUGGAAACGAGAACAGAAGACAAAACAGUUGUUGCGUUUCGACGGGUCAUUUUUAUACAUUUUUUUUUGUGCACCUUAGCGGACAAAGCGGUCUCAGAAGACAACGGGUAGGACUCGACAACGGAGAGGUGUCUCCGGUUGUUUUUGUGCUCGCAUUAAAGCUGACAUCACUGCGCUCUUUAGGGUCAUAGCCACAGUAUUUCGACACAUUUAUGGCUCCUGAAGCCGAAGCGGCUUCUGAGUCAGAGCAAGGAGGGCCAAGCCGCUCUUCCUACUGCCGUCCGUCUCCACAGGUGUCGUCCUUUCCACUUAACGUCGUCGUAUAUCAGUGGCCCUGUGUUGUGAGGCACUUCCUUGACUGUUAUCUAUCAGUCCCAGUCUUUCUGCAGUAGCAUUAUAUGAUCACCUAGGCUGACCAGAACACUGCGGCGCACUUUAAGGCCCAGUCGUUUAUUCGACGUUUCACCUCCUCCAUAGCGUAUACUCUGUGCACAUGGUUCGUACCUGAGUAUUUACAAGGCAGACGUUGAAAGUGUCCCACAUUCAGACAGUACGAGCUACGCAGCUGAUGAUUGUUAGCAAAACAAGCUCACCAGAUAUAUAAUAAAUGUUCAAUACGUGUUAUUUGUGUAUUUUUGUGUAAUUUGUGUCCGUAACACGUCUAAAUGCUGUUGUUUUGUCUCUCGUCUGAUUCAGCAGUCGUAUUUAAUUGUACGUAAUGACAAAGAACAAUAACAUUUAGCCCAAAGAAGUCCUGCUGUUGGACUGAACGGAUGAUGUUUUAUGGGAUAAUGCAAUAAAACGGAGAGUUGCUCUGUAAAUGUUACCCAGCAGAGGAUAUUUAUGUGGAAUAUUAAAUCCUCCCAGACUAAACUCUUGUUUCCUCUUGGUUCGUGCAGCGCCUUGCAAAAGUGUUCAUACAGCUCGUCCUUUUUCACUUAUAUUGUCACUUUAAAUCCACAAACUAUAUUAGAUUUUGUUUCAGUUUGUGAGUCAGACCAACAGAAACCUGGCAAGAACAUUGGAGAUGUGACGUGCCUCCACCAACUUUAAUCAUCGACCUGUUUUUCUCUACAAAAUAGCUAAAACUCAGUCAGAUUGGAAGAAGAGUGUUCAUGAGCAUCAAUAUUCAAUUUUUCCCACUGACUCUGAAAUACAUUUGGAUCUGGACUUUCACUGAGCCACUUCACAUCAAUAUGCUUUGAUCUGAGCCAUUCGAUUGCAGCUCUGGCUGCAGAGGGAUGAACCACUGCCACCAGUUUCAAGUCCUUCCUUUCACUUUUCCUGCAGAAGAAAACCAUUCCCACAUCAUGACACUGCCACUGCCAUGUUUCACAGUGAAAGGGAGGUGUUCAGGACCGUCCACAUCCAUUUGUUUGUCCAUUCUCAACACGUUUGCUACAUUUCCUACAUCGCUCAUUGAGAACUGGCAGCUACAUACAAACACACAUCACAUUAGUCAGAUUUUCAUUUUAAAAUAGAAAGACCAUGUCUAAUUUUCCUUCCCGUUUAUUACCUAAAACCCCUGCAAGAUGCAUUGAAAGUUGUGGUUGUAACAUUAUACGAAAAGGUUCAAGAUAUAUGGAUGAUUUUGCAACGUUCUGCAGUUUAUGUUCAUGUGUCAGUAAGUGUCAAACCUUUUCCUAGUUGUGGUCUGUGUACAUAUGUCUCGUUCAUUCAAUGACUGCCAAUAAAAGAACCUGUCCAAACCGA